AUGGGGCCACGACACCUGGCGGCGCGCCGUGCUUCUGCUGCUGCUGCAGCUGCGGUGGCGGCUGGCGGGAUGGGGAUGAGGGGAGGGCCGUUGGGGGGAAUGGGAGGGGGGAGAGGGGGCGCUGGAGGGAUGGAGGAGCUAGUGGAGUUGCACAGGAGAGGGGGGGAGCAUGUGGGAGGGGGAGGGCCCAUCCGGGGGAGGCACAGCCUGCGGGAAGCUGCCGCGCUACGCCGCCCGGAGCAUCUAGCGGCAGCUGGGGGGGGUGGGGGGAGAGGCAGUGACGGGGGGAAGGGCGGAGGGGAGGAGGGAUUCGGAUGGGGGAAGGAUGGGGUGGGACGAGCCUGGAGGCAAGGAGAAUGGGGUGAUGGGGGGGAGGGGAUAGAGGGGGGCUUGGUCCCCCCACACCUUCUGGGGGAGGCCCAGGGGGAAGGGGGGGGGAUGGGGGGGUUUCAGGCGGAGGGGAAGGGGAGAGGGGGGUUUCACCCAUCGCCUGGAGCAGGGGAGGGGGAGUGGGGGGCGAUGGGGAGCGGAGGGGAAGCAAGGGGAGGGGGAGAGAGGGGGGAGAGGGGAGGGGCGACAGGAGGGAGGCCUGGGGGAGGGGGCAGUGAGUGGGGCUCGCCUGUAGGAGCAGGAUCGAGUGGGCGGAAGCAGCAAGCAAGCGGAGAGGGAGGGGGAGGAGGCAGUGGGGGAAAGGAGAUGUUACGAUCUGCUAACGGGCACCGCCGGUAG